AUGUUAUAAUCUCAUAAUAAUGGAACCACUAGUCAAGAGUAUAAAAUAGUAGUUGAGAAAUACUAAAGAUAUUUGGAUGAGAGAUCUAAAUUGAAACAUAGAUCUAAUGAUAAGUUAAAUUCUGCAGUCAGAAAGAUUUAUCUGAAUCCUCUUCUUCCUUCAUUAUAAUCUGAUCAUUAAUAAUCAACAAAUCGAUUGAGAAAAAGACAAUAAUCUUAAUUAAAAGAACAAUAUUCACAUUUUUAACAAGAAUCUAUAGAUUAAAUAAAUACUAACAUCUAAUAAUCUAUUGUGAAUCAACAUUCUAAGUCCAUACCUAAAAAAUAAUAACAUUAAUCAUAAGCCAAUCUUGAAACACCACAAUAAUCAAGUUUUUUUGUUGGCUUAUACAAAAAUUAGAGAAUUGAGAAUUAAAGCAGAAACAUUACUAUUAAAGACUUGGUUUAAUUUCAAAAAAAUUCAUCUGAAUAAUAAAAUAUUACUCAUUUACCAUAAUUGUAAUAACCAUAAAAUGAAAUUAAUUUGAGUAGAUAUUUUGUGAGAAAACCAAGACCUAAGAAAAUGUCUUUUGAUGAAAUCUCUUUUACAAAUAAAUGGGAAAGAGAAAGAGGAAAUAAUGUUGUGAGAAUUGAUAAAAUGUAAGCUGAAGAAUUUUCAGAAAAUGUAGUUUAAUUUCUUUUAUCACAGGAUAUUAUGAAAUUAUUCUUUUAAAAUUCAAGUGUUAUUUAAUUGAAAGCUAUUAUGCUUGAUCUUUUAAAAGGAGUUUACUAUGAAAACAUACUUGAUUUUGGAAAAAUUAUCUCUUUCUUUACUACAUAAUAAAUUACUUAUCUGGAAAUAUUUUAUAUAAAAUAUUCAAUUUCUUAAGUAUUGAUAAAUGCUAAAUAUAACUUUAUUUUUGUUGAAAGAGCUCUAAAUUAAUUUGAAGAAUAUCGCUAUCUUUUAUAAAAGCCAAUACCAUUUAUAACUAAAUUAUUUGAUAAUGCUUUUUACUCUAAUGUUGUUAAAGGUAUUAUGAUGAAAUUACUUAAAAGUCCUGCUUACAAUAAGUUUUUGACAAAUCACAAAUAUGAAAGCGAAUCAUUCAUUUAUGCAAUAAAGAAUGGAUUAUUUCCUUAUUUGGUAGGUGAAUAUGUAGCUUUACCUUUGCAUGCAAGAAUAAAAGAUGUUAAAGCCGAACUAUUUCGAUAAUAAAUUCUAUCACCAUAUAUUAAUCAAAUUCUCGUCAUUUAAGUAAGAAAUUUACUAAAUGAAUAUUAUCUUGAUGAACUAUAUAUUAAAGAUGUGGAAAGAAGAUUACUAUUUCCUAAAGAAGGCUAAGAUGUGUCAGGAGAAACAUAUUUUCCCCUUUAUUACAUUAAAUCCUAUAUAUAAUGUAAAAAUACUCUAAUACCAACUUAUGAUAUUAAAGCUUUAAUAAAAAUAAUAAAAAUUAAUCCUUGUUAAUUGGAUUCAGAUUCAACUCUAUUUGCAGAUAAUAUCAAAUUUUUAGAAGAAUCUGAAUAAAUGACUGAAGAAUUGUAACUAUUUAAAUGA